AAGGUGAAUUCAGUUGGCCAAUGAGAGCGCCCGAUUCUGCUGGCUACGGUGCUUGUCGAAGUCCACUUACUUUUCUGGAAGCGCCUGGUAAACUAAACUGUGGAGGGAUCGGGGGUCGAUUUGAAUGUUGGUGGACCUCUUAAGUCCUCUCCGUAGACACCGACAGAGUCUAUCGCUCAGACGGCAGUCGACUGCGGUCGGUGCCCAAACCAGCGAUCGGGAGCCAUGCCUGUCCCUGCUGGAUACCUCAGCCCCGCCGCGGCCCUCGCAUCCUCGGCCUCGCUUAUCCCUCCGCCGCCGAUAAACACACAGCAGCCCGGUGUUGUCACCUCGCUGCUGUACAGCGGCUCCAGGUUCAGGGGCCACCAGAAGAGCAAAGGAAACUCGUACGACGUGGAGGUUGUUUUACAGCAUGUCACCAUGGAGGAUUCCUACUUGUGUGGCUACCUAAAGAUAAAAGGACUGACUGAGGAAUACCCGACUCUGACCACGUUUUUCGCUGGAGAGAUCAUCAGCAGGAAGCGGCCGUUUCUCACUCGGAAAUGGGACGCAGAUGAAGAUGUAGAUCGUAAGCACUGGGGCAAGUUCCAGGCCUUCUACCAGUAUGCAAAGACAUUCAAUUCGGAUGAUUUCGACUACGAGGAUCUGAAGAACUCUGACUUCAUAUUCAUGAGGUGGAAGGAGCAGUUCCUGGUCCCUGACCACACAAUAAAAGACAUCAGCGGAGCUUCUUUUGCUGGAUUUUACUACAUAUGCUUCCAGAAAUCCACAGCAACGAUCGAGGGCUACUACUACCACAGGAGCUCUGAAUGGUACCAGUCUUUAAACCUCACCCACGUCCCCGAGCACAGUGCAGCCAUCUACGAGUUCCGGUGACCCCGGCUCGGCGUCGUGGAUCUUUUAUUUUUCAUGGACAGAGACUUGAGGCAAAGCAGAGGUCUGCAGAUGCUGCUGAGGAGGAAGAGGAGAACGAGCAGGGAGGGGAAUAAAGGCUUUGGAGAAGUGAAAAACUCUAACAUAUGCCCAAUAGGUGGAUAUCGGACAAAUGAAUGUAUGGAUGAGAAGAAAGACAAGCAAGUGGAGAUGUGCUCCCUGGAUGGAGCUUUUAAAGCAAGAAGCAGCAGCAAAGACGGGGUUUGGCUCGUAUAGUGUGCCCCCUUUCUUCAUUUAACGUCUGGUUUCUAAAACAAACCCUUGGCGCAGCAUCUCGAGACACCUUAUAAGCUGAGUUGGGAUUUCCAAUCCUCGUUUAGCGACUUCCCUCGCCGAUACUAAGUGACUACCGUUGGACAAGAGUUCCUCUGAGCAGUCUGCUCUCAUAAACAUGAAAGAAAAUCGCCAAGGAAAAUUUAAAGUUUGGGUUCUUGAUUGAUUGGAGCUUUAAUCAGCCCUUAAGCUAGAACAACAGUGUUUUUUUUUUAAAGCUGAGCUGUUUCUUUAUUUCGUCAUUUUACUGUAAAUGAUGGACGCAGAGUGACACUUUUUUAAAAGCUGCAAUGUGAGGAGCUUCCCCACCCCCACCCCCCUCCCUGCGUUCAUACAACUGCUUGGGAGAUUAUUAUCAUAUGUGAUUGCUGUGGGUCUAUUGAGUUAUGUUUGCACAAAGGUGGACUAUAUGUUAAUAAUGCUUGCAGUCAGGAUGUUACACUCACAGCUGUUUUUAAGGGUUUGAAUGUGUGGGGAGUUCAGAGCCAAAACAAUCACAGAAAAGUAUUAUUAAAAGAGUAUUUUCUCCCUGCACUCUGCGUUAAAACAAAGAGCUUUUUACUCCCUCAUGUGUCAUUUUAAAUUAAGAUCCCCACCAUCCCUUUCUUUCUGUCCCUUUGACUAUGCAACCCUUUCAACAUGGCACUCUCCAAAAACAAAACCUGCAGUUUUCAGAGACAACAUUUUAUUCUAUCCUCAUAGUAUAUAAAAAGAAAAGAAAGAAUCUAUCUUCAAUAAAGGAAAUAUUUUUGUUAAAUUGCCUGUGAAAGCACUCCCUAAAUCAUGUUCCCUCCCCAUGUGAUUGUGCCAUGUUUCUAAAGCUUAUCAGAGUUGUAUUAUAACAGUGUGUUUGUUUGAGAAUAAGCCUGGAUUUGAUUGAUGGUGUGACUGUAAAGAAUGGAUUAUGAAUUUUAAAAAAUCAUAUCAAAACAUC